GAUGAUGUCACAGGAAGCGGACGUGAAGGAGAGUUCCAGAAAGAGCGGUGGAUGCGCGAGACACACAAACGCGUAUAUUUCAGCAAAUAUUACAGAACUAUCAGAAAGUCAAAUUAUUUUAGUGACGGAUUAGCGCGGGAUUAACAGUAUUGACGUCAUGACGACCAUCGAUUACAGUGUGUGGGAUCACAUCGAGGUGUCUGAUGAUGAAGAUGAUACACACCCGAAUAUAGACACACCGAGUUUAUUCCGCUGGAGACACCAGGCUCGGAUGGAGCGGAUGGAGGCGUUCAAUCAGAAGGGUCUGGAGCUCGAGAGAUCUCUGGCGGAGAGUAAGAAGAAGCUCGCGGAGGUGCAGCGUCGCGUGCAGGAGCUCAGCGUCGCCUCCACAGACGAGAGUAAAGCGGCACUCAGUAAAGCUCAGGCUGAGGAGAAACAGAUGAAGAAAGACGAGAGAUCCUGGCAGAGGAAGUUGGAUGAUCAUCGUCAGGAGGAGAAGAAGACGCCCUGGAACGUGGACACGCUCAGUAAAGAAGGAUUCAGUAAGAGCGUCGUCAACGUCAAACCUGAGGUGAAGGAGGAGACGGAAGAGGAGAAAGAGCAGAAACACAAAAGCUUUGUGGAGAAAAAUGAGAAACAAAUCAAACACUUUGGUAUGCUGAGGCGCUGGGAUGACUCGCAGAAAUAUCUGUCUGAUAAUCCACACCUGGUGUGUGAAGAGACCGCCAAUUACCUGGUGAUCAUGUGUAUCGACCUGGAGGUGGAGGAGAAACACGCUCUCAUGGAGCAGGUGGCUCAUCAGACCAUCGUCAUGCAGUUUAUUCUGGAGCUUGCCAAGAGUCUGAAGGUGGAUCCACGAGGCUGCUUUCGACAAUUCUUCACCAAGAUCAAGACAGCAGAUCAGCAAUAUCAGGAUGCCUUUAAUGACGAGCUGGAGUCGUUUAAGGGACGCGUGCGCGGCCGGGCCAAGAUCCGCAUUGAGAAAGCCAUGAAAGAAUAUGAGGAGGAGGAACGUCAGAAGCGUCUCGGUCCCGGCGGUCUGGAUCCUGUAGAGGUGUAUGAGUCUCUGCCUUCGGAGUUGCAGAAAUGCUUUGAUGACAAAGACAUUCAGAUGCUGCAGGACGCCAUCAGCAAACUGGAUCCAACGGAGGCGAAACAUCACAUGAAGCGCUGCAUUGAAUCGGGAUUGUGGGUACCUAACUCCAGAGCAGACGAGGAAGCAGAUAAAGAUCCAGAGGAUGGUGAUGAACCGCAAUAUGAAGAGCUGAAGAAAGAAGAUCAGUGACUAUCAGUCAAACAUCAUCCAUGUGACCCACUGCUUGUAUCACUCCUCCCAUCUGUCUCUGUCACAUUAUUAUAAAUAAAGUCCAAAGUAAGAAGUGCUAAAAGAUCGUUUGACUGCUUUGCUGCCGUUAAGGGAUAAAUGGAUCAUUUUGCAGAGUUAUUCCUUUCAGCCACAUCUCUUUCAUGAUUUUAUGUAAGGAUUGAUGUAGUCGGACGAUUGUUAUUGUAAAAUAGGGCAGUGUUUCACAUUGCAGUUAAUCCCAAUGAUGACAUGUCGACUUGUCUCAUCUCACAUCUCCUAACUGAUUAUGUGGCGUUUUAUGAGUGUUUUUAUUUCAUGGACGUUACCCGGGCUUGACGUGAGAACGCAUUGGAUCACAGCAGCUUUGUUUGUUUAGCAGUAGGGUCAUUCCACAAAGCUACUCGAUUAAACGCAAUAUUAUGUUGUUCAGAUAGAAUCAUGACUUCAGAACACGUUGUGUAUGGUUUUAUAUUGACUGUUGGCAUUACCAGGAGGAGUUGUUGUUUUUGUUUCAGGUGAUCUUUUCUUAGUUCUGUAUGUAUAGUUUGUGUUGCAGAAUAAAAACAUGAGGCUGAUGGGAGAUCUCAAA